AUGAUCCGGAAUCUGGUGGCGCAGCAAAUCCAGGACUGGUUCACCAUCGGCAAAACGGUUACGGGCGUCGAACUGUUAGGAGGAAAUCGGGCUUCUUUUACGGCUGAUGUCUCGAGCUCAGCUGCGGGGCAGUGCAACUCAGAGCCUGAAACCCACCAAGUGAAGCGGUGUGAAUUAGAAGAGCAGAUGACCAAAGCCGAACAUGCAAACAGCUUUGGAGAUCAAAGGGAGCAACUAACCUCUCAUUCGGCGGCUUUUCCUAAAGCAGGCACGAUAGAAAUGGAUUACGAAACCCAGGAGUCAAAAUAUUUUUUAUCCCCAAGGGCUCGUGUUGAGAUAUUCUCGAGGAUUACUCUGAGUUUCGGGGAUGCAGACAGCAGUCUGUUGGAAAAGUUUGAUGAUGAUGAAGACCUUCCUAGCAGUCCCCUUCUGACAUCAAGACCUAUUCUUUCCACUUUAAAGACAAUAACUAAUAUAGAAGUGGCAGACUACAGAUACCCAGAACUGCCAAUUACUAAAUAUAGGGAACAGCUUGUUGAUCUCAUUGAAAAUAAUUCAGUAGUCAUCGUUCGAGGUGCUACAGGCAGUGGUAAGAGCACACAAUUGCCUCAAUAUAUUCUUGAAUGCUACGUAAGGAAACCUGCAUUCUGCAAUAUUGUAGUAACACAGCCACGGAAAAUUGGAGCAAUCAGUAUUGCACGCUGGAUCUGCAAAGAACGUCAUUUGUCUGUAGGAGGCUUGGUUGGAUAUCAGGUCGGAUUAGAAAAAGAAGUUAGUACAGACACGCAACUAACUUACAUGACAACAGGCGUUCUGCUUCAAAAAAUUGUUAAUGCAAGAUGCCUGACUGAAUUUACGCACAUCUUCAUUGAUGAAGUCCAUGAGCGUACUGAGGAAAUGGAUUUUUUGUUGCUGGUUGUCCGUAAACUUCUACGCACCAAUUCACGAUUUGUUAGGGUGAUCCUAAUGUCUGCAACAAUUAAUUGCAUGGAGUUUGCAGAUUACUUUGCAGUGCCCUUCCGAAAGACCCUGACCCCUGCAUAUGUGUUUGAGGUAGAGGGAAUCCCGUACAGUGUUGAUGAAUAUUAUCUUGACGAUCUCAAAGAGCUAAUCCACUUCCAGGUUGCACACUCAUUUUCUAAUGAGCCAAAAAUCCUGCCUGAUGUCUAUAACAUAGCAGAAACUCUGAUCCUCUACUUUGAUGAGCUAGAAAGUAAAGAAAAUGGGUAAGUGACAAGAAAAUCAGCAGGAAUGAACUUGAACCGUGGCAGUGUCUUGGUAUUUUUGCCAGGUCUGGCAGAAAUAAAUCACCUGCAUGAAGUCCUCACUUCUAUGGUUCAGAAGAGGCUGCAUGUAUAUCCACUGCACUCAAGUGUGACCUUGGAAGAACAAAGUAAUGUGUUCCUGACCCCUGUACCUGGCUAUCGAAAGAUAAUUUUGUCCACAAAUAUCGCUGAGAGCUCUGUCACAGUUUCAGAUGUUAAAUAUGUAAUAGACUUCUGCUUAACUCGUCACCUGGUUUGUGAUGAAGACACCAACUACCAGAGCCUUCGCUUAAGCUGGGCUUCAAAGAUGAGCUGUAAUCAGAGAAAAGGCCGUGCUGGUCGUGUUUCAAAAGGAUACUGUUAUCGGUUAGUGACACAUGAUUUCUGGAUACAUUGCAUUCCUGAUCACGCAGUACCAGAGAUGCAGCGCUGCCCAUUAGGCAGUACUGUACUGAAAGUCAAACUACUGGAUAUGGGAGAACCAAGAGCUUUGUUGGCUUCUGCUUUAUCUCCACCCAAUUUGAGAGACAUUGAGCGCACAGUCCUACUACUGAAAGAGGUGGGAGCACUUUCUGUUGAAAUGAAAGGAGUAGAAAACCCAUAUGAUGGAGAUUUAACUUUCUUAGGAAAAGUAUUGGCAUAUUUGCCUGUGGAUCUCCAUUUAGGAAAACUUGUAGUCAUAGGACAUGUGUUUGGCUGUUUAGAGGAGUGCCUAAUUAUUGCUGCUGCACUUUCAUUGAAAAACUUCUUUGCAAUGCCUUUCAAACAGCACCUUGAAGGAUACCGGAAUAAAAUGGAGUUUUCAGAUGGAACAUUAAGUGACUGUAUAGCACUUGUGAAUGCGUUCAAGGCUUGGCGUACUUGCAGAGAGCAAGGACAGCUGAGAUUUCCAAGGGCUGAGUUAGAAUGGGGAAAAUCAAAUUAUGUCCAGAUAAAAAGAAUAAAAGAGGUGGCACAGUUGUACGAGGAGCUGAAGGAACGUGUCCAGUGUUUUAAUAUGUAUAUUGAUAACCCACCUGGGUGUACAAGUGAAGAAUAUGUGCACAAGCAAAGAUUCAUUCUGCAGGUUGUUCUGGCUGGAGCUUUUUACCCAAAUUAUUUCACAUUUGGUCCAGUCUCUGAAGAAAUUGCUGUGAAAGAGCUGGCUCAAAAAGAUUACAGAACUACAGUAAUGGUGAGAAAUGUUCCACCUUAUGGGUUCCUGUACUACCAACAGCUGCAGUCCCUGUUCAGGCAGUGUGGUCAAGUUGGUGCUAUUUCAUUUGAUGGUUCAAAGGGCUUUAUUGAAUUUGUGCAAAAUCCAAUAAAAAGAACAGAGAUCCAUCCUGCAGUGUAUAUGGCGCUGAAGAUGGCCCAGCAACGUAUUCCUUUACAGUUGAAAGUUCAUCCUUUGGAGGAGAUUGAAGUAUUGAUUCAAGGACAACCUAGUACAAGCUUACGAAGCCCAAGAUUUUCUGUAGGCUAUCAAAAUUGGACUGUUCAGCUGAUGCCUGAGGAAAAGUCAAGAGGUCCUUUUGAAUUGCCUUGUUAUCCUGUUCCACGUUUUUUCAUCAUGAAUGUCACAGAGGUUGUUGAAGUUGGACACUUUUGGGGUUACAGAACAGAUGGGAAAAGCUUGCACACAUUAAGCAAAUUGAUGACUGAAAUCAAUCAGCUGAAGUUGACAUCACUGAUGGUAGAGCCAUGUCCUGACUUUUGUCUUGCACCAUUCACAGAUUGUAGUGAAACCCAUUAUUACAGAGCUAAAGUCUUGCAAGUCUCUGGUGAUUCAGCUGAAGUAUUCUUUGUGGAUUAUGGAAAUACUACAAAAGUUGCUACAGAUCUCUUACGGAAUAUCCCACAUAAUCUAUUGGAGCUGCCUUUUCAGGCUCUUCAGUGUCAAAUUUGCAACAUGCGUCCUUCUGCAUAUUCUCUGAUACAUGGUGAUCAGUGGAGUGCCAAGGCCAGAGGAAGAUUCAGCUCUUUGGUGAAAAACUGUGUACUCCUUGUGAAAGUUUUCUCCAUUGUGCACAAUGUGCUGCGUGUAGACCUCAGCAUACAGUCUUCAAAAAUUGAUUGUAAUGUGCGGGAAAUCCUCAUCAGUGAAGGUUUUGCUGAACCGGCUGAAGAGACUUAUGAAUCAAAGAUAAGUCAUGAGCAGCUGAAGACCAUGUUGCAAUCUCCUCUCCAGGAUAGGUUGGGCUUAAAUCAACAAACCGUGUGGACCCAGAAGGAAGAAGACUGGAAGCUAAUUCAAACAUUAGUAAAGAAGUUUUCCUCUUCUAAAUUGGGUUUUCCAAAUUCUAAGGUCCAUUUGCAUGGUCCCUUCAAUCCCUAUGAGACCAAGUUUCACUCCAUGACUACAAUGUCCAGGUUCAGGAAUGUUUGGAUUGAGAGAGAGAGUAUAAAUUCAGUAGCUCUGAAUAAUGCUCCUGAAGAUAUUCACCAGAGGAUGCUGGUUGGCGCAUCAGUGUCAGUAAAUACGUCAGGUUCAACCAUAAUUGUGAGGGAAACUACUUUGAUGCCAAAUAUCCAUGGACUUCCAGCUCUCAUCUGUAUGAUAUUUGCUCCAGUUGUGGAAUUAAGGACUGAUAGGCUGAGAAAAUGUUACAUUGGUGCUCUUUGUGGCUUGGGGUGGAAUCCAAUAACCAGUGCCCCAUUGUUGGAAGAACAUGAUCUGGAAGUUGCAUUUGAUGUGCAUCUUGAUGUAAAUGAUAUUUUGGAGAUCAACCUGCUCCGGAGCACUAUAAACAAGUUAGUUUGUGAUGGACUACUGCGUUCGGGAAGCCAUGAGAAAAUACGUAAACUGCAAAAUGAAGCUCGGCAGAGAUUGAUAGAAAUAUUUACUGGAAAGAAACCAAGAGAAAGUAUUACGCCACAAUACUGUGAAAGACCAUACCAGUGGAAUCAGGUCGAUCCAGGGCUUCUCUUGAACCAGUCCAGGGACGUAAACAAAAUAGUCCUGUACCAACUGCAUUCCUUGGUGCUGCUGAAUCCAUAA